UUUUAUUAUCAUUCCAGCUGGGAACUUCCCUGGAUACACUUUGAAUCGCUGCCAUUCAUGAUGUGGCAUUGAUCACUGUGGCACCAGAACGAGACCGCGACUUGGAUUAAUUCCCACCCUGUGAAGGCACAAAGAAUGGAAGAAGCUGAACUGCUGAAGGAACGAUUCCAGGCCAUCACAGACAAGAGGAAACUGCAAGAAGGAAUCACUCAGAAACGCCUUAAAGUAGAAGAAGAAAAACUAAAGCAUCAGCACUUGAAGAAAAAAGCUCUGCGUGAAAAAUGGCUCUGGGAUGGAUUAAACACGCUUACUCCAAAAGAACAAGAAGAAAUUCAAAACCAGAAUCUAGAGGAUCAACAACGGAUGGCAGAGCUGGAACAAAAUAUCCUCAGACUUGAGAAAGAAAUUGAGGAUCUUGAGCAAGAGGAACUCAGCAUCUCAGUUAAAGAAAAAGCCAUUUUGAAGAAGCUUAAAUCUGUUGAAAGGACCACAGAAGAUAUUAUAAAGUCUGUGAAAAUGGAAAAAGUAAAGACUGCAGAAGAGCCAGCUGACUACAUAUAUGCCAACAUACCAGAUCUUCCAAAAUCUUUCAGGCCUACUGCACUUAAGAGGACCGGGCAUCUAGAAACAGAGGAUGAUGAAGAAAAGCGGAGAGCCCUGUUCGCUAUGGAAAUUAAAGUUGAAAAAGACAUAAAGACUGGGGAAAGCACAGUUUUGUCAACAAUACCGCUUCCGUCUGAUGACUUUAAGGGUGCAGGAGUAAAAGUAUAUGAUGAUGGGCGAAAGUCUGUCUAUGCAGUGUGUGCCAAUGGAAGCGUAAAAAACAACGGAGUGGACGAUCUUGCACCUGUUGAAGUGGAGGAUCUGUUAAGACAAGCGACUGAAAAGCAAUCCAAAUCUCCCACUGAAUAUCAUGAGCCAGUAUAUGCAAACCAAUUUUGCAGACCCACAACUCCGCAGCAGGAUAAGUUAGCCCAGCGACCAAAUGGUGAAAAGGGUGCUAUUCAACAUAAGAUUAACAGAUUUGACUAUUUUUAUAAUGAACCUGUCUAUAACAAAGACAAACAGCAACAAAUGGAAGCAAAUGGUCUAGAAGGUCUUUCAAAGGGCUGUCAGCAGAAUUCUCACUCUCCGGUUCUUCAGACAGGGAGGUCUCAGCAGAUUAGCCCCCAAAACAAGAUGGCACCUAAUGUUCAAAGAGAAGUUAUCCAAGAGGCUGUUGAUCCAUAUCAAACGGGCAGAGAGAGCCAAAAAGAUAUAAAAUUCAGAAACUCUGUAAAUACUAAUGAAAAGCCUUCUGCAUCGCUAAAAAGCGAUGAAGAUUCUAGUUAUAGUGUGGUCCAGGCUGUGCCAUGUUAUGUGGAUGAUACGGAGCCUGUUACAAUGAUUUUCAUGGGAUACCAGCAUGUGGAUGAUGAAGAACUCAAUAAAACCGUCUGCGGAUAUGAUGGGAUUAUCCAUGCAGAACUUGUUGUCAUCGAUGAUGAUGAUGAUGAUGAUGGUGAAGAAGAGGACAGGAAAACUGCGACAGCUUUGUAUCAUCCGGUGGGACCUUAUAGCCAGGUCUACCAGCCAUCCAACCAAACAGGUGCAAUUCCACAGACAAAUUCCACCAAAACUACUGGUGACAAUGUGAACAAGUCACCUUACAAAAAUUCCAUAUCACUCAAGGAACAAGAAGAAAGUUUGAGCUGUUCUACCCACAAUGGUCAAGUUGAUGGCCAAUUAGCAGGUGAUGGAACUGAAGAUCCCUCCUUAACAGCUCUGAGAAUGAGAAUGGCAAAACUGGGGAAGAAAGUGAUUUAACAGCUGCAAUGGUAUAAUACUAAGUAUCUGGCAGUGUGAUAUGAUGGAAAAGAAGAAUUUUCUAUGUUUUGGACCUGGGUGGUUUCUGCGUAUUCAAAUAUAAAUACAUAGGAAUAAUGGCACUUUACAUGGAAAUGAAUGGACAACAGUGAGUCACAAAAUUUGCCCCUCCAGAUAUUUACUCUAAUUUAAAAUUGAAUCCCUUCAGGAAUUACUGGCAGCAUUAAUUAGAAAUUCCUCAGUGUUAUGAUGUGUCAUAGGACCCUAAGAACCAGUAUCUUGAACAGGACAACAUCCAGCAAGUUUUAUUGAAUGAGCAUUAUCAGUCUCAUUGAUCAGCUCAUUCUCUAAACCUGACCCACAGGAAUGGAAGAGGAAGAAUGCAAGAACAAGUCUUCCAAUCUUUCUAAGCCUGUUUUUGGUUAGAGGUUCUAAUUCUUACAUUCCCAUAAGCUGCUUACUUGGCCUGCUGCGGACUGGAGCAUAUUAUGAUAUUUACCACUACCAGAGCCUACCCAUCACAGGUCAUGCCUGCAUAUGCUAUUUUGGUUGUUGUUUCCCACUACCUAAAAAUGUAUGUAUUUUUCUCCUUGAGCUUAAGGAAGCACCUGGCAACUGCCAGGCAGUCUGAAGGCAGUGUAAAGUAUAAUCUGUCAGAAUAGUUCACCUUCUUCCUUACUUGAUCCUACAUGGCUGCACUUUACAGCUUUUCCUUUAGAUUUUCUGUCUUCACCCUAUACAGGUGCUAGACAGAAAACCCCACCCUUUCUCCUUGUUCCUCAUUACCAGAUGUGAAAAGACAGGAACAGAAUCUGUCCGCCAGUUACAAAACACACACACACACACCCAAUGCACAAGCUAACCUGGCCACAUUAGCCUCGUUCAGAAGACACUUUAAAACACAGCUUUAAGCCAUUUAACCAUGGUUAAAAGGCGUGGUUUAAUAUGUCUUCUGAACCAGGCCAUUGUCAGCAGCAUGGGGAGAUGGGUAAUUUUAAGGCUAUGGCCCACUGUAGUGGUCUUGUCUUCACAUUAGUUCCCAAAAAAGUGAAAAACACACAGGUUUUAGAGUGCUGUAGAGCACCUGCCCAGGUGUGUGUUCAAAGUCUGAAACCCAAGGCAACGUGCGUAUGAAUAAUGCACAGAAGGUGGAAGGCUCCACUUCUUCUCUUUGCUAAUACCAUCUUGCUGUAGCCUCUUGGACAAGCAUCACUAAAAGUGAACUUAAACCCCACAACAGUAAUCCUAGGGGGAUCUACACUACUGCUUUAAAGCACUUUAAAGCGCUUUAUAACAGUUUUGACAACUGUUGGGGCCCAGGACACACUGCAUAUACAGGUUUCAAAACGUUUUCAAAGUGCUUUAAAGCGCUUUAAAAGCAGUAGUGUAGAUCCCCCCCUAGAUUAUGUCAGCCCCAACCCAUUCCAGAAUCGGGGAACACACCAUCUUAAAAAACCAUUUAAUGGGUAAGUCCCGUAGAGGGAGGAAAAUAACUUUACCCUGCCUGCCUGUUUCUUUUCCACCAUCUUCUGCCUGUUUCAGUUUCAGUUAUCAUUUCAAGUUUUAACCAUUUCCAAGUUCAAAAAGGAAUUCCUUCUCCUAUCCUUGUGGUUUCCUCAUCCUCCAAUGCUCUGAUAAACUUCAUUUUUUGAUUGGUAGAAAAUUUGCAAGGCCCAGCUUUUUAGAAAAAGAUUUUAAAAUUACUAUUGUUAAUUGCACUCCAGUACCUGGACUGGCUGGAGUUAAAUUUCUGGACUCAAAUGAAAAACUGGUCAUAACUGUCUGCUACAGAUCUCAGUCUGGUCCAGAAAACAGAGAAGAGGGCAAAAUGCACAGCAGCAGGAUGUAUGAGACUUUUAGUUUAGUUAAGCCUGAGCAUUUGUAGACAGCCUAUUUCGUACUCAUGAAGUACAAGUACAAAAAAAUAUAUACUACUUUUAGGGUGUUUGGUUUUAUUGUUGUUUUAGUUAAGGCAUUGUGCUUUUAAAGCAUAAUUUCUAUUUGUCCUGGGAAGUUUAGACUCAUGUGGGUUGUUUCAUUUCUUCAAGCUGGCAACUGUUAAACUUAUUUGCUAUUAAACCUGAGCAAGAGCACCACACAGUGUCUCAAUGGUAGAAGUGCCAGGCCCGGCACUCAGCUGUGCAUCCAGGCAUUUUAUAUGCUAACGAUGGCAACACUGGACUUUCUCUAUGAAUGAAAGAUAUGACAAAUAACUGGGAAAAUAGAUUCGAUGGGCAGCUUAGUCUUCUGGGAUGUAUCAGCAAUACACCUUGUGGAUUUAUUUCCUUAUUAAAGACAGAAGGCGUUUUAGGGCACACCAUUCAUUGUUACGAGUGCAUUCACACGGGUUGAGUGUUUUCCACUUUUAAGUCACCUGUCUAGAAAUAUAUCCAUGGCAAAUAUAUUGGAUUGGUGGGCAGGGAAGAGGGAAGGAAUUUCCAUUCCAGAACGUCUGUUUGCCAUUCUAACUGUUCAGUGGAUUUUGGCCUUAAGAUUCAAGAUCUCUAGGAUGAUUCAUUUGAGUGCACUUCCAAGCUCUCUGUGAGAUUUCCAUGUUCAACCAGGCCCUCCCUGACUUAACAGCUCAAGGGUUUUACAAUAGCCAAAACCCGUUAAAAACUAGAAGCCAGAUUCUGAAUUUCUUUCCCCUACUCCAUUAGAACGGAGCAUAGGAAGGGGCAGAGGUGGAGAAGAGAAGGUCAAAACCAUUAUUUUCAGCUGUGGCAGGAAGCUAUCAGUUCAUGGUGACCCUUGCCAGAGCUAAAGCCUAUCAGUAGCAUUUUCUACCUUUUUUCUGAAGUAUUUCAUGGGCAUCCUCACAAAGGCUACACUGCAUAUACACAAAGGCCCUGUUCAGAAGACACCUUAAACCUCAGCGAAUAAGGCAAAAAGCCUCAUUCACCAUAGUUCAAGCCAUGGUUUAAGGCGUCUUCUGAACAGGGCCAAUAUUGCAGCCAUUGAAAUAUUAUCAAGGCUUGUGCAAUACUGCUUACCUUUUGCCGGAGGAUGCUGUUUCUGCAUAUUAUCAAAAACUAUUUAUAGCCAUCACUUCUUCACCUAGCUCUCACACAGGAGCCAGCAGAACUCCAAAAUGGCUAAAGGAGCGAUACUGUGGACCCUAGACAUUUUCUGAGGGGGCAUACGGCACUGGGGAUUCCCCACUCGGGUGUUCGGAGACAGCACUCCAAUCUCAGAAUGGGGAGUCGGAGAUCUGCCCCUCAUAGCCGGCAUGGAAAGAACUUUGCUGGCUUACCUCCAAGGUCAGAAAAGCAACUUCAAAGAGGAGGGAAAGGAGGUGUUUCAGUGAAAGGGGAAGAGACCGUAGAGGCCAGGAUACAAGCUAUCUUGAGGAGUUUCCAGCCUCCUUCCCUCCCCUUCCAAAGUGCUAUCACAAAAAAACCCACCUCAUGAAAAAUGCAGGAACGGAGGACAAGGAGGUGAAAAUCUCUUCCUGUCCUGCACUGGAUGAUCAGAAGCCUCCAAGUUUGAUGGCAUCCAAUCCUAAACUAAUCUUAUAUGAGAUCCCUUUUUCUAAAUUCCUCCUAUCCCAGAUUCCAUAUAUCCCCAACAAACACUGGCUCUGCAUUAUGUGGAUGCCACUUUCUUUAGUGCAAAACAUCUGGAGGGACACUUACCACUGGACAAAUCAGAGUAACUACAUGUAAAUGUUGAGUCAUGGAAAUUCGAGAAUAACCUUUCAUGUUGUGUACUCACCAUAAUUGAUCAGCAAAACACUUUGGAUGCAUACCCAAGUUCUCAAACUAUUGUUCUGUUUGAGAUGUCUGUCUGCCAUUUUAAAAG